AAGGGGAAAAAAAAUCAAGAAGGUACAUGCAAGCUCUGUGAGAGAUCUGAAGAAGAUUGUGGGAAAAAGCAGACUUUAUGUUGUCCCUCGUGCUGAAGUGGGCCAGCCAAUCAACUUGCAUCUGAGUCAACCAAUCAUAGGACCUAACCCUGAAACAACAGAGACAAGCAACUUGCCUCUGAGUCAACCAAUCACAGAACCUGAACCUGAAACAACAAAUGAUUUAGAGGAGUGGAGAGCUCUAAGGCGACAGCAAGACCAAGAGUACGAACAAUCACUGAGAGCUGAUCAGGAAAAGGAUCGGAGGACAGAAGAAAUAUCUCAAUAUGAAGAGAGGCGCUUAAAGAUAAUAGAGGAAAGACUUAAGAGGUCAGGUGAAGAACCAGCUGAUGGCAUAACAUUGAAAUUUACUCUCCCAGAUGGCACAAUGAAAAUUAGACGGUUCCAAGUAUUUGAUCAAAUGCAGGUCCUGUUUGACUUUGUGGGAACACAUUCAUCGGCCACAGAGUAUUUUUAUAUAAGGGAAGCUACAUCAGCAGUUUCAAUAUCCAGCACAGUUCCUGGGACUCUUCUGGAUCAUUACUUGAUUUCUCCAUUGAACAUCCAUGUUCGAUGGAUGGAUAUGGAGGAUGUACAGGCCAUCUUCCACCAACAAAAUCCAGUUCUUUUGCCAGGCCCAGAAGAAUCUGAGUCUAGUGAGGUUCAAUAUGACGUUGAAAUAGUGGAAUCUAUGAUUUCAGAUGAAAUUCACGCUGAGGUUGACUUAGAAAUCAUGGAUUCUGCUUCUCAAGAAGUAGUGUACUCGAUUCACAGUGAGACUGCCUCAGAAAUAAUUGAUCCUGGACCAGAAAUAUACACCAACUACAUUGACAUAAUGCCAGAAAAUGAUUUACCUGAGCCAGAUGACCAAGAACAGCAAGAUGCUUCUGAAGUCGUGUAUUUGGAGGACCUUGUCUCUUCUACAGAGGAGAUACUUUUGGAGCUUGGGCAAGAAAUAAACUACAACUUAAGCUGCAGAUUCAACAUUAAUCGAAAAAAUGUACUAGAUGGUGCAUUCAGAGCAUUUGGACGUAAAACCCAUGAUCCAUUCAGGAGAAUUUCUGUCCGAUUUUCUGAUGAAUGUGGAAACUUUGAAGAGGCUGUGGAUUUGGGAGGCCCAAGGAGGGAGUUCCUUAGUUUGCUAAUGGAAGAAAUUGAAAAAUCUGCUAUGUUUGCAGGCCCAGAUGGACGAAAAAACCUUGCUCUUGACUCAGUUGCUGUCAGAGAAGACAGAUACUAUCUUGUUGGAAAAGCUAUAGCUGUCAGCAUGGUUCACGGGGGACCAUCUCCAGGAUUCUUUUCGUCCAUUUUAUUUGAAUGCAUCAGUAAUGGACAAGUCUCACCCACCAUAGAAGAUGUGAAUGACUUUGACUUGCAAGUUAAAAUCAAAAAGAUUUCAAAUGCUGCAUCCAUGGAGGAGUUAUGUGAGGCAACAGAGUGUAUGAGUGAAUACCUGGCAAAUGCAGGAUGCCUUCGAGCUGUAAAAUGCCUAAAAGACAAAGAUCUGCUUUUACAAGACAUCCUACUGUUCCAAGUUGUGAACAGACUCCAUGGUCCACUUGAACGUCUCAAGGAGGGCCUGAGGACUCUAGGAUUGUUGGCGGCUGUUGUUAAACAUAAAGAAGCCUUCAGACCCCUUUUUUGCAGCCCACAUCAGCCACUUACUGCAGACACCCUUGAUCGGUUAUUUGAUAUUCGCUACUCCAUUGCUGGAAGUAACAAGCGGGCAGAAGAAAACACUACAGUCGCAUUCUGGAGGGACUACCUUCUAGAUGCAGAAGAGGGCAACUCUAACUGCUCACUAGAAAAAAUUCUUAAAUUUGCUACGGGAUGUGGUGUUCUGCCAGCAAUUGGAUUAAAGCCACAGCCAUCCAUUGAGUUCUUACACCCUGUCGAUUCUUCACCUUGGUAUGCUACACCGAGAGAGAAGUUUCCAACUGCAAACACGUGCAUCAACUGCUUGCGUCUUCCUGUGCAUAAGAGCUACGAUAUGUUUAAGUCUAAUAUGGACUUUGCCAUUUGUAACACACAAGGGUUUGGUCAAGAGUAGGAUGAGAAAACUGAACUACUUUACUGAUAAGUCUGUUGUUGAUAAGUUUGUUGUUUUGGGUUUCAAAAAUUGAGAUCUAAAUUUACAUUCUGGAUAGUAAACAAAAACAAAAAAAUGUUUAAGGAGUUUAGAAGAAGUUAGUUGGUGACAAUCCAACAAGUUCUUGAAAAACAUUAAAUCCCAGUAAAUUUAAAGAGUUUUAUGCUGAAAGUGUUUUAAACAGUACUUAAUACUGAUUUAGAAAAAAAAGGGUUUCAGAAAGGGUUGAGAGUUUUGCACCAAUUUUAAUGGACAUAACUGAAAAAUAAAGACAUGUAAAGAAUUUUGAAAGAGUGUUGAUUUUUUUGUAUUAUGAUAUACAUAUACUAUACAAAACUACAUUAUGGGCACUAAAUAAUGAAAAAAUAUUUUGUUCAUGCUUUUUAUGAAUGUUUAACAGAAUGGAAGUUGAAAAACCUGACAAAAGAUAAUGUCUGGGCAAACAAUUAACAAAUAUUCUAAAACUUUGGAAGUGCAGUAAUAAUAAUUUUUAAAAAGAUUAAAACGCUACAGAAAAAGAAAAUGAGCAAGCAGGUUUUUAAAUCUGUUUUCAGUCAAUCAGUGACAGUUGUUGGGAAAUUUCAUUGCAGCACAUUUGAUAUUUAAAUUUGAAGCCUGCAAUGCCUUCUAUGGCUCUCAAAACUGCUUCCUGUUGCUCCUGGCUAAGGUCAAAACUGGGUUGUUGGACAUUAAAAGCAGGGAACUGGUCAUCCAAUUCAAGCGGGAAGCUGUGAAUUCCAUGUUGUGCUAGAAGUGUCUCAAUAUUGUGCUCUCUGAAUGGAUCAUCACCAAAUACAUGGUUGAUUGAGGUGCUAUCUACUCCCAUGUUUGUCAGCAUCCCAUCUGUCCAGAUCUGAGAGGGUUUUCAGUUGUUUUCUGUCCUUAGACGGUGAUGAUUCCAUGCUUCACAAAACCUGCUCAGUCUACUUUGUAUUUCAGGUAAGUACACAAGCUGAAGAGAAACCUUGUGAAUGUCAUUUUCAGGAUCUAGGGUGCCACUGUCUUCAAGGCUGUAGAAUUCAUUGUAAAAACAAUGCAAAACAUGCAGGAAAACAUCCCUCCAAAGACGCUCAAUCCGCUGAUUGUGCACAGAUUCCCCUUGGAUGUGGCUUCUGUGCUUUACACCAUGAACAAGAUUCAUGAACAAUGCCACUUGUGUAUUUUCUCCACCAUGAUCUGACCGCACUCUGGAUGGAAGUCCGUAAACACAUGUGGCUUUUAAGAACCGUGUGAACACUGGUAGCUCUGUUGUCUGUAUUACAGUUCAGGUAUGUUAUCAGAUGAGAAUAUCCAUCUGGGAAAAAAAAAAACAUGUACCAGAACGUUAUUUUGCAAGUCUAGAAUAAUGCUGAAAUUCACAAAACAUCCAAUAAACAAAUGAAAACUA